GAGACCGGUCCUGCAGGUGGUUGACUGACCGAGCGAUGGCGGGCAAGUCAGACCUCGCCGGCCGUGUGCAUGGCUUCGACCUGGGCGUGCGCUACGUUGAGCUGAAGCCGCUCGGCUACGGCGCCAACGGGCUGGUCUUCGCGGCCAUCGACAGCCAGAGUUACCGCAAGGUGGCCGUCAAAAAGAUCACCAUCAGCGACUCGCUCAGCGUCAAGCACGCCCUGCGGGAGGUCAAGAUCAUCCGCCGGCUGGAGCACGAUAACGUGGUCAAGGUCUUCGAGGUCCUGGGCCCCAAAGGGAGCCACGUGCCCAGGGACAUGUGCGGACUGACUGUGGUCUAUAUAGUCCAGGAGCACAUGGACACAGAUCUGGCACGUCUCUUGGAGCAGGGCUCCCUCACGGAGGAACACGCUAAGCUCUUUAUGUACCAACUACUCCGAGGGCUCAAGUACAUCCAUUCGGCCAAUAUCCUGCACCGUGACCUCAAGCCGGCCAACGUCUUCAUCAACACUGAGGACCUCCUGCUGAAGAUCGGGGACUUCGGGCUGGCGAGGAUCGUGGACCCUCAUUAUUCACACAAAGGUCACCUUUCUGAAGGUUUGGUUACAAAAUGGUAUCGAUCGCCUCGCCUCCUUCUGUCGCCCAACAACUACACAAAGGCGAUUGACAUGUGGGCGGCUGGCUGUAUACUGGGGGAGAUGCUGACCGGGAAGAUGCUUUUUGCUGGGUCUCACGAGCUGGAACAGAUGCAGCUGAUCCUGAAGACCAUUCCCGUUCUCCGGGAGGAGGAUAAGCAGGAGCUUCUCCGUGUUAUGCCAGCGUACAUCAGACCCAAGUGGGACGUGCCCAGGCCACUCCGGAAACUGCUGCUUGAAGUCAAUUCAGAAGCCAUCGAUUUCCUGGAGAAGAUACUGACGUUUAACUCCAUGGACCGGCUGACAGGAGAGGAGGCGCUGGCACAUCCCUAUAUGAGCCCUUACACCUGUCCACAGGAUGAACCCGUAUCUCAGCAUCCAUUCAGGAUUGAAGAUGAGAUUGAUGACAUCCUGCUGAUGGAAGCCAGCCAGAGUCAGCUGGCCAACUGGGAGAGGUAUCAGGCCAGUCUGUCCUCGGACCUGGAGUGGCUGCAAGACAAGUACCACAAUCCAGAUGAAGUGCAGCGAGACCCUCGAGCCAUGUCCAAGGGGGCGGCCGAGGAAGUCCAGAUCGACCCCCGCAAGUACUCCCAGAGCGUGUCCGAGCGGCUACUGGAGCGCUCCCAUGCCUCGGUGGACCGACCAUGCGAGAUGGACUAUGGACGCUCGUGCGAGUACAAAAUCGGGUCUCCCUCCUACCUGGACAGGCUGCUGUGGAGAGACAACAAACCCCACCACUACUCGGAGCCCAAACUCAUCUUGGAUCUGUCGCACAGGAAGCGGACGGUGACCACCUCCUGUGUGGCCGUCUCGCUGGACGGGAAGUCCGACCUCCUCCUGAAGGUGUCCGACUGCAAGGGCGAACGAAGCCCCUUGAAGAUCGACUGCUCCAGCUCGCUGCCCAACAUCCAGGAGAGGAGUCCUCCCUCGAGCCCUCGGAACCUGGGUUCUACCGAGAUGACGGGCAGAGGGGCCGCGCAGUUCGAUUUUGACGUCUUCAUAUCCCGAGCUUUGAAGCUGUGCGGGAAGCAGGAGGAGAUGGCUGACGUGAAACUGAACGAACUCAACAGCACCUGCAAGCCAGAGCACACCAACGAACUUGUACAGGCAGACAUGACCGAGAGGGAGAGGUGGUAGACUUCAGGGAGGGUGAAACUUUGCGGCGUUCCUUAACUAUCGCCAGUGUUAACUGGGUGAUGUACAAGCGGGCAACCAACCCCCCCCACCCAUACAUGUUUACAAUGAUUAUUGUAAACAAGAGAGGCGAAGAGAAUGUGUUUUUUUAAGUAUGGAGAAAGAGGGUGGGGGGCUCUUAUUGGGACCCUAUGACAUACAGAAUCCAUACGAUCCAUACAAAAGGGAAUUAGACCAAUAUUUGGAAAAGAAAAAAAGAAAAAAGAUGUGGGGGGAGGGGACGGGUAGGGGACUGAACAGAUAAUCCUUUCAGAGAGUCGACAGACACUGAUAAUAAUAAUAAUAAUCUUUGCAUUUGAUACAUGGCCUCAGAUCGUUGAGAUGUUCGAGACCUUUUUGCCGAGAGGGCAGAGUGGAGCUCGAGUCCUGAAGAAAAAUAAUCAUGAAAUAAAACACAAUCCAUCAUUGUGGAAUGCCCUAGUAUGGUGAAUA